CUGGCGGGCGGCGCGGCGGCGGUGCCGGCCCCCGGCCCUGACUCCGGCGGCGGCGGCGGCGAAAGGGAACGGGCUCCGCGCUGGCCGCGCUCUCUGCCCCGCUUCGGGGCAAGCCGGACGGGCCAGGGACAGAGAGGGAGCGGCGCACACCGAGUUCGGGAGGAAGCUGCGAGGACCGAAGCCUUGUCCCGGCCUCCGCGGGAGGCCAGAGGGAGGCGGGGGCCCAGCGAGGAAGGCGAGGAUAAAUGGGUGUGUAUGACUUUUCCCCUGACCUAAGGUGGUUCCAUGUCUUGUUUGGACUGCUCCUGUAUUCUGCGUACACCAGUUGAAUCAAUCAGACCAGAAGAGCUAUCUCAGAGCAGCAUCCAUGAAUGCCUGGCUGAUUCUGAUCUAGCCUGGGUUCCCCCAUCUACAGGAAAAAAUGAAAUGGUAUUUUGCUCUUCUAAUGUCUCUCACUAUGAACUCCAGCUGGAAAUAGGAAGGAGGUUCAACAAUUUAACUUCAGUCUACCUUGCACGGCAUACACCUACAGACAGGCAAGUUGCUGUAAGGAUCACAGACCUUGAAAAUUGCUCUGAAGAGCACUUGAAAGCCUUACAGAAUGAGGUGGUUUUAUCACACUUUUUCCAGCAUCCCAACAUAAUGACAUUUUGGACAGUGUUUACAGCUGGAAGCUGGCUUUGGGUCAUCUCCCCAUUCAUGGCCUAUGGUUCAGCUAGACACCUGCUGAAGACUUACUUUCCUGAAGGAAUGAGCGAAGCUUUGAUAGGGAACAUUCUGUUUGGUGCAAUCAGAGGAUUAAAUUACAUGCACCAGAAUGGAUAUAUUCACAGGAAUAUUAAAGCUAGCCACAUUCUGAUUUCAGAGGAUGGGCUGGUUUCUCUCUCUGGCCUAAACAACCUCUACAGUUUAGUUAGCAAUGGACAGAAGUCAAAGGUGGUAUAUGAUUUCCCCCAGUUUAGUACAUCUGUGCUUCCUUGGCUGAGUCCUGAACUACUGAGACAGGAUUUGUCUGGCUAUAACAUGAAGUCUGAUAUUUACAGUGUGGGAAUUACAGCAUGUGAAUUAGCCAAUGGACACGUUCCGUUUCAGGAUAUGCCUCGCACUCAGAUGCUGCUGCAAAAGCUGAAAGGUCCCACCUACUGUCCUUGGGAUAUAAAUACCUUUCCCCGGGGAGAAUCCAGGAUGAAGAAUUCCCGAUCAGGUGUUGAUUCUGGAAUUGGUGAGAGCAUGACACACACAAUGACCAGUGAAAGACUUCAAAUGCCCUUUUCCAAAACAUUUUCACCUGAAUUCCACAACUUGGUGGAACUUUGCUUGCAACAGGACCCUGAGAAAAGGCCAUCAGCAAGCAGUUUGCUUUCGCAUACGUUCUUCAAACAGAUAAAGGAACAAACAGAGAAUUCACUACUGUCCCUAUUACCACCUCCUAUUCAAAAUAACAGAUCAGACUUCUUGGCACUGCCCUCAACAGCAGUUGGGGCUGAACUUGGACGUAUUGCCACAAAUCAAGAUGAUACAGACUGGGAAUUCUAAAUAAAUACCAAUGAUACCUCUCCAGUGUUUCAGAGAAGGAAAAUGUGAUUUGUAUUUGCUGCUUUUGUAUGGUUAAAAUACAGUUAGACCAAGUAUACUUGAAAUGCCAUGAAGUGGCUAUAAUUCAUUAACUUCCUCUUGGCAUCACAAAAUGCAGUGUGCCUCACUCUGAGUGUAAGGAAAAUUGUGUAUAAAGAAUAGCUGAAUGCUCACCUCUCUCUUUCAAAGCCUUUCUUAACAAGAGAACCUCUGCUGUAAUCUUACUCUGUACUGUAUUAUCAGCUCAUAGUGCUGCAGGCCACAUGCCUUUCUGAAUUCAGGCCUGGGGUUUGUCUGUGAUCUUACCUAAACAUCUAUUUGUCUUUUCAUUAUGACCCAAAUCAUUUUAGUAAGGAGAAAUCCUCCACCUCCAAGUUGAAAUGUGAAGCUGCACAGAUUUGUUGCUUAUGUAAAUAAAUGUUUCUCUCUCAAAAGACAUUUUUCUCACUUGA